AGUGCCGCGAUGGGCGUCAGCGAAAUGAUCAGCCAAUUUUUGUCGAAACUUAUCACCGGCGUUCUGAUCGGAGACGGUUCCGCUACCCCCCGCCACCCGAAAAGUUCACUAUCGGCAGAAAUUAUACUCGUUGGGAAGCGCAGGCUCGUGCUUACGUGCAGAAGUUUCCCGAGUCGGAAAGGAAAGUGGCAAUUUUAGGCCUGUUGGCCGGUGAAGCGGCCGAUAGGGCCUUCCAGUCGGGUGCAUUCGAGAAGGAGGAUCUCGAUGGGAACAUCGGAGAGACCGUAGAGGCAUACGCGUAUCGCGCCAAGCAACUGGUGUCCAAGGCUUUUCCCGACGACAACAGCGAAGCCCAGGAUAAGCGUGCUGUGGAAAGUUUUGUAGAAGGAGUCAGUGGUGCGUCAGUGAAGAAAGCGCUGAUUACAAAAUCGCCUAAAAGCCUCAGCGAAGCUAUUGCUCUGGCAGGAGAAACGGAGAGGCUACAGCGAGCUGUUCAUGGAGCAGAGAGCCUCUGCUUGACCGUGCAUCACCAACGACGUCAGCAGCGAGAACCGAUCCGGAGACCGUGGGGGCCAAGGCCUCAUCAAGGACCGAUUAGCGGUAGAUACCGCUACAACAAAGACUAUGGACGACGAUGGAGUGCUCAAAGCGAUGACCCGACCCCUCCCAGCGGGCAAAACUACAAGGGAAGCCCCUCACAUCCGGUGGCCAGGCGCGACCCAGCGGACCACGGUGAGUAUAUUAUUCCUACUGUGCACACCGCUCACGAAAAUUUGACGUUUGAUAUUGACUUGCUGGUAGAAGCACGACCAGUAAAAGGACUCGUGGAUACGGGUGCAUCGAGGUCAUUAUUCGACGUCUCAGUGUUGUAUUCCAUUUGCAACCCUAGGGUGGACCCGUGGUCGGCUACGCGGGGCAAAUGGAAGUACAAUCCGGACGGUUGGCGCUGUACACCUUACAUUACAGUUUGA